UUUUUUUUUUGAUUACUUUGUAUUAUUAUUUAUUUGAACUUGUAAUUAAACAAGUUUCAUUCUAAAGUAGUGGUCAUGAAUUUGAACAAUUUAGAUCUUGACUCUGUAAAGAUCAAUGGCUAUACUUUGGAUUCUUUUUCACCUCUUGAAAAGGAUAGUGAUCAAGUAUUAGUUGCUUAUGGUGAAAGAACUCGAGACCAUCUUCCAGUUGUAGCAAAAUUAUCAUAUCAAGGACUUCGUUUGGAAAGAGAAUAUCAUAUUGCUCAAAGACUUUAUCGAUUACCAGAAGCAGAUCAACUUUUAAGUCAACCUUUAGAAAAAGUGAAUUUACCACAAGGUCUUAUUGCAAUCAUCUUUAGAUAUGAAGGUACCAAUCGACUUGAUAACUGUCAACCCAAUGAUUUAUAUUCUGAUCAAUCUACAGAAGAAUCUACUUUGAUAUCAUUAUCAUCAACAUCAUCACCUUGUUUGGAACUAGAAUCUUUCUUGGAAUUUGCUAUUCAAUGUUGUGAUUGUUUGGAAUUUAUUCAUAAACAUCAAAUUGUUCAUGGUGAAAUCAAACUCAAUGCAUUCUUAUGGCCUGAAAAGAGUACAGUCAAAUUAUGGAAUUUUGGGUCGGGAUCUCGAAGCUUGGAAACAAAUCUUACUUCAGAAGGUUGGAGAAAAACAGUCCAUCGUCAUGGUGCUUGCAACUUUUUACAAAUGCUUAUGUAUAUGUCACCUGAACAAACUGGUCGUACUACUUUUCAACCAGAUCAUCGUACUGAUCUUUAUAGUAUUGGUAUUACUUUUUAUGUCAUCUUGACUCAAUCUUUACCAUUUGUCCAUAAUAGUCCUAUGGAAAUUGUACACAAUGUUAUGAAUAGAAGAUUAUCUGCUGUUCAUGAAAUACGUCCGGAUCUUCCUAUGGUUUUAUCUGCAAUCAUUGAUAAACUCACAAAUAAGUCUCCAGAUGAAAGAUAUACAAGUGCUCAUGGAUUACGUGAAGAUUUAAAAGAAAUCAAAAGACAAUUAGAUGCAACAAAUGAUCCUCAGUCUAUUUCUCCAUUCAAUCUUGGAAAAUAUGAUAUUGCAAGUGUAUUUACUUUACCCAAUGGAUGUUUUGGUCGAAGACGUGAAGUGGAUUUUGUUACUGGAAUUGUACGAAAAACUGCUUAUUUAUAUGGACGAAAUAUGCGAAAUCAUUCAUCACGAUACAAUAAUCUCAAAACUAUCCUUACUCCACUCAAUACAAGUGAUACAACAACAAUCAUAGAAGGAUCUUCAAAUAGAAUUAAUAAUGGAAUGAAUGCUCGUGGUCAACAUCGAAGACAAAAUAUCAAUGCUGCAAGAUGGAAAAAACCAACAGAAAUGGUAGCUAUUUAUGGUGAUUCUGGUGUGGGCAAAUCAACAUUAGUCAAAAGUAUACAACAAGCUGCUCGAGAAUAUGGAUAUAUCGCUAUCGCCAAAUUUGAUACUCGACAACCAACUCCUUAUGGAUGUAUUCUACGAUGUCUUUCCAUAUUUUUCAAAAACAUUCUUGGUGAAUCACAAGCUGAAUUUGAUAGAUUUUCAAGUAUGUUGAAAACUCAAUUAGGCCCUCAAGCUUCUAAAGAACUACCAACUUUACUCUUGGACAAUGUACCUGAAAUACGCGCUUUUUUAGGUGAACCUGAAGAUGGUGUAGAUCCUGAUCUUGGAAAUGAAAUUGGUGGAAAUGAAAUCAAGAUGCGUUUUCAUUCGGCUUUUCUAGAAAUAUUUCAAGUCAUGGUUAAUUAUAAAUUUGUUACUUUGUUUCUGGAAGAUCUACAUCAAGCAGAUGAGGCGUCGAUUGAAUUAUUGGACUCUUUGAUUGCAGCCCGUCUAGACCUUUUAGUGAUUGUGACUUAUCGAACGGCUGAACAUCAAAGUAUGAUAUCAACACUUUUAAGCAACGAUCAUUCAGUAGUCAAUUAUGUAAAGUUGGAAAAUAUGGAUCAAAAUGCUCUUAUGGAUUUGGUACGGACGACAAUGCAUAGACACAAGGAAAUCGAUCUAGUAUUACUCACUCCUUUGGUCGACUUUAUCACAAAGAAAACAAAAGGAAAUCCAUUCUAUGCAUGUCAAUUAUUAACAACACUAGAAAAGAAAGGUUUGAUCUACUUUACUUGGGAACAAUCUCGAUGGGAAUACAAUUUACAAGAAAUCGAAAAGGCUUUACAAUAUGAAUCCGUAGAAACAAGCGAUGAUAUCAAUAUUGAAUUCUUGGUACGACGGUUACGUGAACUACCUGCUGAUGGUCAACGAUUCUUGAAAUGGGCAGCUUUUAUUGGUGACAAGUUCUCUUAUGAAACUGUGAGACAUUUGAUGAUGGAUACAACAACAAAGGAUACAUUUUCUGAUGCAGAGACUGAUAUUGAAGAAGAUAUUACUACUCCUAUUACACCUAACAAACUCGGCAAUCAAUUGAAUGGAAGACCAACAUCAGAUGCUAUCAAUGGACUUCAAUCGGCAUUACAGCAAGGAUUCAUUCACGCAGCUUCCAAUGAUGAAUUUGGUUUUAGUCAUGAUCGAUAUUCACAAGCAGCAAUGUUACUCUCCAAACCAGAAAAACGUGACAAGAUUCAUCUCAAAAUUGCUACUUAUUUUAUGGAUGAUCCCGAAGUAGAUACAUUCUGGGUAGCCGAUCAUCUCAAGGCAGCUUUACACUUGAUUCAACUCUUCGACAACAAAUCAAAACAUCGUGCUAUUCUUAUCAGAGCUGGCGAUCGUGCAUACAAUUCUGGCGCUCACAGUUUGGCCUUUUCCUAUUACUCUGCUGGAAAAGAUUUAUUACCGACAGAUCCGUGGAAUGAUGGACCUGAUGGGUCUUAUCAAGAAACUUUGCAUUUAUAUACCCAAUUGGCGGAAAUCAGUUGGUUCAUGGGCUAUGAUUUGACACAACCUCUUUUAACAACCAUUCUUCAGAAUGCCAAAUCCGCUAUUGAUCGUGCUGCUGCUUAUCGACUACAACAUCGACAUCAAUGGUCUAGUCAGAAUAUGCAAGGUCGUGCCUAUAUUUUGAUGAAAUGUCUCCGUGAAUUAGGUGCCAACAAUGUCUCCUUGGAUUUGACUGAUAUGGAAUUACAACAACUCUAUCAAGAUACCCAUGAUGAAGUCUUAGAAAUGGGAUUGGACAACAUCUUCAAAUUACCUGUAUGUGAAAAUCAUUUGAUUCGUACUCGUUUGUCUAUCAUGGAAGAAAUGUGUAUUUGGGGCUAUUGGAUGAAUGAUAUCAGAUCCGUAAUGGCUGUUAGUUUAUUAUUGGUGAAGAAAACGUUUGAUCAAGGUACAAUCAGUCCAUCUACCGGUGUAGGACUUGUUUUUUAUGGUAUGGCAGCCAUGGUACUUUAUAAGGAUUAUGAAUUUGGACAAAAAGUGGGCCAAGUUGGCGUGACACUUUGUAACAAGUAUGGUGGUAACUCUGAAUGUGCUAGGGCGAAACAUAUGUAUGGGGCAUAUCUUAGUAUUUGGAAAGGACAUUAUCGUGAUGCAAUGCCAAUGUUUCAUCAAGCACUCAAACAAGCUUUAUUAGGUGGUGAUCGGAUCUCAGCGACCUUUUCUCAUCUUCAUAUGACAAUAGGAAUGCUUUUUGGAGGUGAACCUUUAUCAGAUACUUUACGAGAAGCCAAGAUGUGUUUGGAUGAAGUGGAUGGUUGGAACAAGACGAACGGAACUUCAGUGAUGGCAAUGACAACUAUUCGAGCAGUAUUAGCAUUACAAGGAAAAACGAAAUUGACACAAGAUGCUAUCUUUGAUGAUAAUAGCUUCAAUGAAACUGAAUACUUGAACAAGAUUGACAAACAAAUCAAAUCGACUGUACUUCCUAUGUAUUGGUUCUAUGGCAUGAAACUGAUUAUCUUGAUGAUCUUUGGUUUUCAUGAAAAUGCUGUUUUGAUUGGUCAUCAGUAUGUGGCCGUAGCUGUUGAACAACCUUCUUUCCGUCAUACUCAUUGGAUGAUCUUUUUUUAUUGUGUGGCUAUGGUACGUUGGAUACGUCAAGAUCAAAACAAGGAUGCCGAAUUUAGACCUCUCAUCAUGCAAUACAGAAAAAAAUUAGAGGAAUGGGCAAUGCACUCAAAAAUUAAUCUUCAAAUGUUUGUUACUAUGAUUGAUGCUGAAUUAUCAUCUCUUUCCGAAAAGGAUAUCCGAAUAACUGAACAAUUAUAUGACCAAGCCAUUGAUGAAGCCAAAGCUGGAAAUUGGCUAAUUGAAACAAAUGUCAUGUACGAAUUUGCAGGCGAAUACUAUAUGCGAAAUGGAUCUCGGCACGUAGCUGCUCUCUUAUUGGAAAAGGCUAUCACUGGAUAUCGACAUCAGGGAUGUUAUGGAAAAGCUAAUCAAUUGGCGCAAACUAUGAAGAAUGUAUUUGGAACAAGAAAUGAUAAUCCAUCAAACUCAAGUUAUACCAAUGGGGAUGAACGAACAAUGAUGGCAAAAUCGAUUCAAGUACAAACAGAACCUUUAUCAUCAUCAUCAUCGUUACCGAAUCGUGAUUCUGUUAGUGAUUUUAGUCUGGCUGAACAAUUCCUACAUACUGAUAUUUCCAAUCAAGAAGCAACACCUGAAGAAACUUUAUUGGCAUUGGAUGUAGUGGACCUGGCGUCUAUUCUGAAGAGCUCUCAAGUUAUUUCUAGUGAAAUGAAUUUUGAACUUUUGAUGAAACAAAUGUUACAGAUCAUUUUGGAAAAUUCAGGUGCAGAAUCAGGUGUGAUUAUUAUCAAGGAAAAUAGCUCUUUUUUGAUUAUGGGAACUGGUUCACAAACUGAAGGUUGUAGGAUACUGAAGAAACCCAAGGCCUUGUCUGAAGAAGCUGAUUCAGUAGUGACCCGUGUAACUCGUUAUGCCAUACAUGCUCAAGAAUCUCUAUUGAUAUCUGAUAUCCAACAAGACUCCCGAUUCUCUGAUUGUGAAACUAGUGCGAAAUCUGUCAUCUGUACUCCUAUUACUCAUAAAAGUGCUAUUGUUGGUUGUAUUUAUAUUGAAGGUGGGGUUGGUUCUCUUACUUUCCGUCAUGAAGUGGUUCUCCGACUUUUGUCUCAACAAGUGGGCAUCAGUGUAACCAACGCUCUUUUAUUCAAAAGCAUUCAAAAGGUAACAUAUGCUAAUGUCAAGAUGAUCGAAAAUCAAAAGGCGGCUCUGGAAGAAGCAAGGAAAAGCAAAGAAGCGGCUUUGAGGGCGAUGAAACUCAAGGCAGACUUUUUGGCCAAUAUGUCUCAUGAAUUACGGACUCCUUUCUCUGGUUUUUAUGGCAUGAUCUCUCUUUUAUCGGAAACCUCUUUGGAUGGUGAACAAUUGGAUAUCGUUCAUACUGCAAAAGAAAGUUGUGAAAUGUUACUUAAAAUUAUUGAUGAUCUUUUGAAUUUUUCAAAAUUGGAAGCUGGAAAAGUAUCAUUGGAUCUGGGACCAUUAGUGGUGGAAGAAGUGAUUGCUGAUACAAUUGAAAUUCUAAGCUCUCUAGCCGCACGCAAAGGACUAGAACUGGCAUAUAUUGUUGAUCAAAAUGUACCAAAGACAGUCAUUGGUGAUUCUUCAAGACUUCGACAAAUUUUGACUAAUCUAUUGGGAAAUGCUAUCAAGUUCACACAUCAAGGUGGUGUAGUCAUUCGGUGUCAUUUAGUAGAAGAAGUACGAGCUGAUGAUUUGAUUCAAUUGAAAUUUGAAGUGAUUGAUACUGGCAUUGGUAUUCGACCUGAACAACAACGUAAUCUUUUUGAACCGUUUUCUCAAGUGGAUGGUAGUACUACAAGGAUGUAUGGUGGAACUGGUCUUGGUCUCUCUAUCUGUUUACAAUUGGUACGACUGAUGAUGGGAACGAUGAAUGUGGAAUCUCAACCCAACUGUGGCUCCAACUUUUGGUUUUCGAUCGUGGUAGAAAAGAACAAGAAGAGUACAACAUUUGAAAGUUGUGCUAACCUGGUGUCUCAACUUUCACGAUACAAUAUUUUAUUGGCAACAUAUCAUGAUCAUACUUCAACAAUGGUCAAAUCCCUACUACCAGAAUUGAAAGUCAAUCGAACGUCUGAUGUUCAACAUGCAGUAUCCCGAGCACUUCAAGAUCAACAUGAUAUUUUACUUUUGGACAUACCACCAACACCUAACAGUUUUAUAGCCCAACAAUUACAAAGUGUAGAUGAUGACCCUGAAUGUGAACUUCAUAUUAUUCUUUUAUAUGCACCAGCAACUGAAGGACACAAAGUAGCGGCAGAAGCUAUCAACGGUGCUUCUGAUCGACGAGGACGAACAGUGAAAAUGGCAAAACCUGCUCGACGUGCAAAACUCUUACGAAUGUUGGAACAAUUAGUGGAGCAUCCAAGACACAGUUCCCUACUUUUACAACAAUCUGAUCAACAACAUCAACAACAACAGCAACAACAACAACAACAACAACUACAGCAUCUUUAUUCUAGAUCUACAACACCACAACAAGGAUCUCGAAUCAGUGAUUAUUCCAACAUGGAUGAAUUGGCCUAUUUCAAGGAACGACCGGUAUUGAUUGCUGAAGAUAACAUGGUGGCUCAAAAAUUACUUCGCAAGCAAUUAGAAAAAAUGGGAUUUGAGGUGGAAAGUGCCAAUAAUGGGGAAGAGGCCGUACGACUUUAUCAAGAGAGACCUGCAGAUCAUUUUUCAGUUGGUUUCUUUGAUCAUCAUAUGCCAAAAUGUGAUGGUGUCGAAGCAACGAAGCGUAUUCGUGCACUAGAAUCAAAUGGAACUGGACGACUUCCAAUUAUUGCUUUGACAGCCGAUGUCCAACUUUCAGCUAGGGAAAUCUGCAUGAAUGCGAAAAUGGAUGGAUACUUGACCAAACCUCUCAUCACUAAAGAUCUUGUCUCGACAUUACGUGAUUUGAACCCAACCAUCGAUACCAAAGCAGAAAUGGAACCAUUAUCCCCAUUGUCAUCCUCUUUAUUGACGAACAACUCCACUGGAUCAACAAUCAUGGAUACGGCUAUAACGACAACUCCAUCUUCAUCACCUACAAUUAGUACUCCAAACAACUUUGUUGCCUGCUCUCCCUUCAAGACACUUCUCACUGACCCAGCGCAUACUGAUUUGGUCAAGCACAAUCUAUGAUGAACUUAUCGCUCAUAUACACCCAUAUACAUUCAUAUACAUAUUCACAUACUUACAUGCAUACAUACAUUCUCAUACAUCAAUAGCAGUCUCCAUUCAUUCUGUAUAAAAUUUUCACUUUUAGAUUAUUUGUAUAUUUCUCCAUUCUUUUUUUUUCUUUUCAUUUCUACCAUAAAUUUUUUUUUGUUUUAUUUUUUU